AUGAGUGACCCAGCCUCCAGCGGCACAUGUGAACGGUGUGGCAAUUCGUUUCGUAAAUCAGGGAUUACCCGUCACCUGCAAAGUUGCCUGAAGCGUAACCCGUGGCCGGAAGCACAGGGUACCCGUCCCGGUGGGCCGCGGAGAACCGGCAUUCACGUUUCGGUCACCGAUAGCGACCGACCGGAGUAUUGGUUGCACCUGGCCGUGCCGUCAAACGCACAGUUGGAUGAUCUGGACGAGUACCUGCGUCGCAUCUGGCUGGAGUGUUGCGGUCAUCUCAGCGCCUUUCAAAUCAGCCGUGACGAGUAUCAUUCCCAUGCUCAAUUCGGCGCAAAGGGCAUGGGCGUUGCAUUGAGUCGCGUCGCGCCGGCCGGUACCAGUUUUAGCCACGUGUACGAUUUCGGCACCUCUACUUUCCUGACCCUGCGGAGCAUUGGCGAGACUGAGGUGGCGAGCGACGGUAUCGUGUUGCUAGCACGCAACGACGCUCCCGAGAUCCUUUGCGUUGCAUGCAGUUCACCGGCCACUCAAGUCGGCCCGACGCCGGACGACUGGAACAUGACGACAGGUUACUGCGACGACUGCGCUCUGCAAACGGGCGAGGACGCCGAGGAACUGUUGCCGGUGGUGAAUUCGCCGAGGAGCGGGGUAUGCGGGUACGAUGGCCCAUGGGAAAACUGA